GGCCAAAAGUUUCCGCCCCUUGGGGGAAGCUAGCUUGCCAUUGGUCAGCCACUGGUCACGUGACUCACCUUUCUUGGGCUGGAAACCGGGGGAGGCAGCAACAAGUUCACCAGAAGGCUGAAGCUGGGUCAGGUGGCAGCCACUGAAGCCUGGGAACCUUAGCAGCCAUGGCCUCCUGCCCAGACUCGGAUAAUAGUUGGGUUCUUGCUGGCUCAGAGAGCCUGCCUGUGGAGACCCUGGGCCCAGAAUCCAGGAGGGACUCAGAAUCUGACAUGGCCCCCCAGGCCCCUCCAAGCCUCUCCAAGGCAGAUGGUGAAGAGUUAGCUGAGACCUUGGAUGGAGAAGAGACCCUCUUCAAGAGUGAAGGCUCCCAGUCUGGGCCCAUUCCCCCAGAGGAGACCGAGGCCAAGGGCACCCUAGAAGGUGAUGGUUGUGAUGUGGAACCCUCUGGCGCAGAAGACACAGUGGCUCAGGGCGACUUACAGGAGACAACCCUCGUGGCAGGCCUGGGACCGGAUACACAGGGCCUGGAGGACCGAAAUCCCCAACAGAGCCUGCCAUCAUCCCCCAAAAUAGCUCAAAUCAGGGAGGAGCUCCACUGCUCCAGCAGUGAGGACGACACCGACAUGGAUGUGGAGGGCCUGCGGAGACGGUGGGGCCGGGGCCCUGGCCCGCCUCAGUCCUCGGCACCCCUGGGUGUGGAGGACCAGGCAGGGAGUGAGGAUGUGGUUAGGGAGCUGGGCAUCUCCCUCAACAUGUGCCUUCUCGGAGCUCUGGUUCUUCUGGGCCUGGGGAUCCUCUUCUUCUCCGGUGGCCUUUCAGAAUCUGAGGGCGGGCCCAUGGAGGAAGUGGAGCUGCAGGUCUUCCCGGAUACUGGGUCAGAUACUGAGUUGCAGGAUGCUGCAGGAGAUGGGCAGGACGGACGAAGGGAGCAGCUGCAGGCCUCAGCGCCCCCUGGGAGUGUCCCCAGCCUGCAGAACAUGGCCCUUCUGUUAGACAAGCUGGCCAAGGAGAACCAGGACAUCAGGCUGCUACAGGCCCAGCUGCAGACCCAGAAGGAACAGCUCCAGAGUCUGAUGCACCAGCCCAAACGGCUGGAGGAGGAGAAUGCCCAGCUCCGGGGGGCCCUGCAGCAGGGCGAGGCCUCCCAGCGGGCCCUGGAGUCAGAGCUGCAGCAGCUGCGGGCCCGGCUCCAGGAGCUGAAGGCUGACUGUAUAGUCUGGAGCCCAGACGGGGUUUGCCUCACCUGGGGCAGAGGACUGCAGGGUGACAAGACCACUGAGGGCCAAGGCCCCAGGGGGCAGUGGCCAGGCUCUGGCUUCCUGGAGCAGAAGGAGCAGCUGGAGGCUGAGGCCCAGGCACUAAGGCAAGAGCUGGAGAGCCAGCGACGGCUUCUAGGGUCUGUGCAGCAGGACCUGGAGCAGAGCUUGCAGGAGGCCGGCCGAGGGGACCCAGCCCAUUCUGGCCUGGCCAAGCUGAGCCAUAGACUGGCCCAGAAGCUAGAGAAGCUAGAGAGCUGGGGCCAGGAUCCUGGGGCCCCUGCCAAUGCUUCCGAGGCCCAGGGUCACGAACGCCUCUUCCGGAGUUCCAAGGAGCGAAGUGGAAGGGAAAAGUGGUGGAAUGGGCGGGGGGACUGGAAGUCUGAGCAUUGGAAGCAUAAGAAGGAGGAAUCUGGCCGGGAAAGGAAGAAGAGCUGGGAGGGUGAGAAGGACCGGGAACAGACAAGGAAGUGGAAGGAGGGCAAGCCAAGGGUAGAAGAGUGGAAGGGCAAGGAUGGCAAGCAACAAGGCCCCAAGGAACCCCCAAGGAAAAGUGGGAGCCCUCACUCUCCUGCAGAAAGGCAGAAGCAUCCUCAGUGGAGGGAAGGGGCUAAAGACAGGCAUGACCACCUGCCAACCUGGGCAGACCUGUUGAGGCACAAGUACCGGGCACCCCAGGGCUGCUCAGGUGUGGACGAGUGUGCGCGGCAAGAGGGCCUGGCCUUCUUCGGCAUGGAGCUAGCCCCAGUGCGGCAACAGGAGCUAGCCUCUCUGCUGAGGACCUACCUGGCACGGCUGCCCUGGGCUGGGCAGCUGGCCAAGGACCUGCCCUUCUCACCUGCUUAUUUUGGUGAGGAUGGCAUCUUCCGCCACGACCGCCUUCGCUUCCGGGAUUUUGUGGAUGCCUUGGAAGACAGCCUGGAGGAGGUGGCUGUGAGGCAGACAGGUGAUGACAGUGAGGUGGAUGACUUUGAGGACUACAUCUUCAGUCACUUUUUUGGAGACAAAGCACUGAAAAAGAGGUCGGGGAAGAAGGACAAGCACUUCCGGGGCCACAAAGUCUUGGGGUCCAGGGAAGAUCACAGCCACCACCACAGCCACCACCACAGAGCCUGAGUCCCUGCUCCAUCAGGGGAAUCACCUUGGCUGGAGUCCUGCCCAAGUUCCUCUUUGUGCAGCCUCUGGGGCUGGGGCUCAGACUGUUAAGCUGGUACCUCCCCUGGCUUGCCUAGUAUCCUUGGUAGGGGAUGGAACAAGUAGAGAAGAGUGAAAUCACCCAUACCUGCCCUGAUGCCACUUCUGUUAGACAAAGGGCUUAGCUGGACCUGCCGUGCUGUGCUGCCUAUGCAAAUGUAUGCAAAUACUCAGGGCCCUAGGUUCGGAUCCUUGGCAGCCUGAAGGUGUGCCAAUGUGAAGUGGGGGGAUGAGAGAAGAGCCCUUUUUUUUUUUUUGAUGGGGGAGGGGUAGGGGAGAGGAGGUGACAUCCUGAUUGUGAAGCCAAAGAGCUUUCAUCCUCUUUUGUGUGCGGUGGCCCCGGAAUUCCCCUUCAGCCCCACACGAUGACCCAGUGCCCUUGGGAUUCAGCUAGAGUUGCUGGCUGCAGGCCUAGCAUGAGGGCUUUCUCUGGGGGGGGGGGUGUUAGAGUUGGAAGCAGCUGUGCCCAGGGUAGUGAAGCCCCCUUUUUGCCCCAGCUUCUCACAUGGCCUAACCUCCUCGGGUGAACUGUAGACUUAGAUCCCAAUAAAGUGCUAUUGGAGCUGGGUGGAGGCUCUGUCACUUGGGGUAGUUUCUGAGCACAGGGGCCCCCCACGCCCACCACUACCCUAGGCACUGAUGAUUGCCCCUUCUUCCAUUUGCCCACUUUCCCCUCAUGCUGCACUCUCAACAAACCCCAGGCCCACUUUUUGCUCACAGCUGUCCUGGAUGUCCCCUGGGAGAUGUAGAAAGAUGACCAGCUAGAGAGUUUUGAAGUCUUGAGUCUUGGGUUCAAAUUCAGACGGUGUGUUCUUGGGCAAAUUAACCUAUGGAAGCCUUAGGUUUCUUAUGCUCAAAAAAAAAGGGGAUUGAAGGGCUGGGGGAGAGAUUAAAUAAACCCAUGUAAGCAAAA